GGGCAGACGUCGAAGUGUGAGGAUCGUUCAUCCUCAUUCCGUGUAUAAUUCUCUGAACAACCGCGGACAUUGUGAAAAGUCUUAUCGCGUGGCGUCUAAUUGAUAAUUAUUCAUUUAUUAAAUCGUUGAGAUGGCGACGGAAAACGCGAAUAAACCGGAUUCAAAACCACCUCAGGAGAAUAGCAAUGAAAAUAAUAUGAGACUCGGUGGUGGCGGCCAAGGAGGUGGCGGAGGAGGUGGAGGCGGUGGAGGCGGUGGAGGUCAAGGAGGUGGAGGUCGUGGUGGUCGUGGAAGAAAAAAUUCACGAUUUUCUGGUGGUCGUGGUGGUGGCCAGGGAGGUGGUGGACCCCGCAAUGAUAUGCAGAUAAAAAUGAGUGAGUCUAUGAUGGAGGGGAACAUGAUGGACUCCAGCAUGAUGCAGGAUAACAAGGAAAGAAUGGGAGGAAAUAGCGGACCCAUGGGGGGACGUGGUGGUAUGCGAGGAGGCGGACGUGGUGGCCGUGGAGGUGGUGGAGACAGGGGAAUGCCUAAUCGAUCUCAAGACGACCGAAUAAUGGAAAAAAUCAUGAGUCUCAAUGGACCGACCUAUGAUCUUCCCGCUCAGGACACAACAGAGAAGAAAUUCAGCGGGAGAAAUCGUCUCUACGUGGGAAAUCUCACUAAUGACAUUACUGAGGAAGAGAUCAGCAAUUUAUUCACCCCAUUCGGAGAGAUCUCGGAAUUAUUCGUCAACAAGGAGAAGAAUUUCGCUUUUCUGCGGAUGGAUUAUCGAGCAAAUGCAGAGAAAGCAAAACACGAAUUGGACGGUAUGAAGAGAGGGGCACGAGCGAUGAAAGUGAGAUUUGCUCCGCACUCUUCAGCGAUCAAAGUGAAAAAUUUAACGCCACAUGUAUCAAAUGAACUCCUGGAGAAAUCAUUCAGUGUUUUUGGUGACGUCGAGAGGGCUAUUGUGGUAGUCGACGACCGGGGACGUCCCACCGGUGAAGGCAUCGUGGAAUACACAAAAAAACCAUCAGCCCAGAAUGCCAUUCGUAAAUGUACGGAGGGCUGUUACUUCCUCACUGCAUCACUGCGACCAGUUGUGGUGGAGCUGUUUGAACAGCAGGACGACGUCGACGGGUAUCCAGAUAAAAAUAUUCAAAAGAAACCAGAAUUUUAUGAGGCCCGGGAGGUCGGUCCACGUUUCGCUCAAAUUGGUAGCUUUGAGCAUGAGUAUGGCACUCGGUGGAAACAGCUCCACGAAUUGUACAAACAGAAAGAUGAAGCUCUCAAGAGAGAGAUGACCAUGGAGGAGGAGAAACUCGAGGCACAGAUGGAGUUCGCAAGAUACGAACAUGAAACUGAAUUACUUCGUGAACAAUUGAGGAUGAGGGAGGCUGAUCGUGAACGCCAGAAACGUGAAUGGGAAAUGAAGGAACGCCAUGCUGAGGAACAGAGAUCUCGCGAGGAGGAAGUGAGGAGACGUCAGCAGGAGGAGAUGACACUUCGUAUUCACAGACAAGAGGAGGAAUUACACAGACGUCAGCAGGAGAAUAAUUUGUUCAUGCAGGAACAAGCAAUGAGAGGAAGUGUCAACAAAAACUACGAUGGCGGUCAAAAUAAUGAUCGUGAAGGUUACAAUGGUCCAGACGGUGGAAACAACUUGCCAGUGGAUCCAAAAUCAUUCAUGGAUGCAUAUAACAAUAUGGACCGCGGUACUCGCGGUGGGGGUUACAAUGACGACCGUGGUGGACCGAUAAUGGAUUUGAUGGAUAUGAGGGUUGAGAUGGGCAACUUGGGUAAUAAUCGUGGAAACAGUGGUGGUGGAGGUGGAGGAGGUGGUGUUGGUGGUGGUCGUUGGCAAGGGGCUAACGACAGAAACCGCCAGGAAGAUUUUCCUAACAAAAGGAGACGCUACUGAAAUCAUUAGUAUUUUUUAUUGUAAUUCUUAAUCCGACGUAAAUAGCCAAACUCAAUCCCUCACACCAACUAUACAAAUUUUCCAUGAUUUUAAUCAGUCAAACUUUAACUCAAUCAUUUAAAUUCGUUAGAGAACAGUAAUGUGCAUUUUUUUUCCCUUUCUCAUUAAUUAUCAACGACAGAUUAUUCUAAUCCUCUGACCAUCGGCAAAACUCAAGGAAAACACUGACUAUUUCUGCUUUCGUGUGAAGUACAUUUCUAUUAUCAUUUCAGUAUCCUUUCGCACAAUGAAAGCAUAUAUUUAGGAUAUAUACGUAUUCAAGAUUAUUAUUAAUUGUAUUAUUUACAAUUAUUUAUAAUGAACUAGAGUUGCCUAUACACGACUAAAUAUCUACCACGAAUUUUCACUGAUUAUUUGGGCUCCCAUUAUUUUCUCGGUUUAUCAUUAAAUAGAUCUUUCAGUUUUUUUUUCCUUUCUCAGAUUUAUUGAGAACAUUUCCGUAAAUAUAAUCGCUAGGCUUUCCACGUCGGUCCAUCUCAACUGAUUUUUCUCAUGCAAAUUGAUUGAGCGAAUUAUUUCGUCAUUUUUCUCUUACGUAAAUUCACUGAAAUGAUCAAAUUAUUCGAUGUAUUUAAGAUACUAAGGUAUUUGUCUGCGUAAUAUUUAAAAUAAGUGAUAUGAGGUUGCAGUUGAGCGUUAUUUUUUCCGAGGUGAAAUGUACCAUUGCAUAUGUGCAUUGAUAUCCUCUAUGGAUCUGCAAUGACAUAUGGAUAUGACAGAUGUAUUGACAUUCAUAAAAAUCAAUCCCAGGUUUUCUUUAUUCCUAUUUCAUAAUCGAAUAUAGAAGCCUUAAAUGGGAAUGUUGAUUCUAUUGGUCAACAUUCGUUAAUGUCUGUAUGUGUGAAGUAUCUUAAUCAUCUAGUAUAAUUUUUAUUAAUAAACAUUUUGAAAAGCAUUCGUUCACUUGAA